CUGAUAUGUGGCACUGAUUGGCAUUGAUAGGUGGCACUGACUGGCACUGAUGGGUGACAUUGAAAGGCAGCUCAGAUGGGCACUGAUAUGUGGCAUUGAUGUGCACUGGUAGGUACUGAUAUGUGGCAUUGACGUGGCACUGAUGGGCACUGGCACGUGGCACUGAUGAGCACUGACAGGUGGCACUUCUGGGGCCACACUGAUCAUCAGGGCACACUGAUCAUCAGUGCCCUGAUGAUCACUGUCUCGAGCUGUCAGCGUGACAGCUCGAGAGGAGAGAAAUGCCGAUAACUGGCAUU